AUGAGAUUCUUGAACGAAGUUCAUAAUCUAUUCGCUUUUCUAUUUUGUCGAAAGCAGAGCGUGCAGCCUGCAGUACCCUCCAAUCAAGAUCAGCAAAAUAGUGAACAAGCAGGCCUCUCAAACAAGGAAGCAUGCUCACAAGGAAAGUCGGAAAACUGGAACAAUGACCGGUUUGGUGUGCUCAGCGAAGUCGCAGCACCCGAGCCAGUUGAGCAGCCCCCAGACGAAGAACGGGCCCGCAUUGCCUCCCUAGAACAGCAAUUAUCAACAACUGCGCGUCGGAUUGGCAGAAACGAGGAAGACGAGGGAGCCUUGAGCGAGAUUGCAGCACCACAGCCUGUACGAAGGCGCUCGGAUGAGGAAGAAGAGAGGCAUGCUUUUCUUGAACGUCAGAUCCCACCCCAUUAG